CGCACGCGCUCAGUAUACCGACACGCUAUACUUAAGAUAAUGUUGUACUGCGAGUAUGACAAGUGAAUAAUAAACGAUAAAGACAAUUCCAAUUUGAAUUUGUCGUCGCAUUUAGCCACAUCUAAGAAAAUUCUGUUCAAACGGAUAUACAUAAUAUUGUUUCUAAUCUAAGUAUUUUUAAGUAAACUGCGGCUUUUUACAAUGUCUGCAGAACAGAAGUUCGAGGUUUUAUUUAUUUUGGGUGGUCCCGGUGCGGGAAAGGGAACAUUGUGUAGAUACAUUACUGAAAAGUAUGGUUAUGUACACCUAUCAGCUGGUGAUCUGUUAAGAGAGGAACGUAUGAAACCAAACUCAAAAUAUGGAGAACUUAUCGAAAAGUUUAUCAAAGAUGGAAAGAUUGUACCAGUUGCAAUUACUUGCAGCCUUCUGGAUAAUGGUAUGCAGGCGAGCUACAGUCCACACAAAAGGUUCCUAAUUGAUGGUUUUCCAAGGAAUCAGGAUAAUGUUGAUGGUUGGAACGAGGCAAUGUCAGAGAAAUGUAUAGUGAAAGGAGUACUGUUUUGCGAAUGUAGUAAAGAAGUAUGUACUCAACGAUGUUUAAAACGUGGUGCAGCAGGAAGUGGAAGAUCUGAUGAUAAUGAGGAAGUUUUAGUCAAAAGGCAUGAGACUUAUAUCACAAAUACACUACCUAUAAUCGAACAUUUUGAAAAACAAGGCUUGACAUACAAAGUAAAUAGUAUGCAAUCACCAGAAAAAGUAUUCGAAGAUGCUAAAGAGAUUCUAUCUAAAAUAGGAUGGUGAUGGAUUAAUAGAGAAUAUUAAUUUAUCUCAAUGAGAUCAAAUCAUACCCCAUUUGCAUUUAAUGUUGUUUUAUUGAA